GUUUGAAUUUUUGCAAGUGAAAUUUAAACGUCAUUUCAAUUGAUAUUGUUUUCCUUUUGUCGCCUUCCAAAAAUUAAUCUCAUUUAUUACAAUUAAUUCCAAAAUCUUGGAUUGGCAACAAAUUUGUUGACAUGGUUUUUUUUCUUCAUAUUUUUACUUUUGCAUUUUUUGUAAUGUCGUAUUCAAUUCUACUUCCGUGUUAAGAAGUUAUUUGUCAUUCUUUUUAAAUGAUGUAACAAUUAUUUGCUGUUCUAUUUUGAAAGUUCUUCACAAAAUAAUCAUAGUUAACAGUGUUAUUUCAUUUUUCGAUUCAUAAUGACUGAUACAACUGAACCUGUAACCUCAAAUUCAACCAAUAUUAACGAGGUUUCUGUAAAUGUUGAAGGUACAAAUCAGAAUGAUAGGAUUAACUGCUGGGUUUGCUUUGGCAGUGCAGAUGAUGACAAAGAUGCAGAAUGGGUGCAACCUUGUAAAUGUCGCGGUACAACAAAAUGGGUUCAUCAAACUUGCCUCCAACGUUGGAUUGAUGAAAAACAGAGGGGCAAUAGUGCUGCUACUGUGUCUUGUCCGCAGUGCAAUGCUGAAUAUAUCUUAGUUUUCCCGCCAUAUGGUCGGUUGGUGUUUUUAUUGGAUGUAGCUGAUAGAUUAAUUUACAAAGUCUGUCCUUUAGCUACAGCUGGAAUUGUUGUAGGUUCCAUUUAUUGGACUGCUGUCACAUAUGGUGCUGUGACAGUAAUGCAAAUUCUUGGUCAUAAAGAAGGUUUAACCACUAUGGAACAGGCUGAUCCUCUUGUACUUUUAGUUGGUCUGCCUACUAUUCCAGUCAUGCUUAUUCUUGGGAAAAUGGUUAGAUGGGAAGACUAUCUAUUGAAGUUGUGGAGAAAAUACUGGAAUCGCAUUCCUGGUCUCAAAGCAUUACUGGGUGGUUCAACUGAAGCAGAUACUAGAGAUGUUGCUGAAAGGCCACCUCCAGAUGUUGCUUCAUUUUCUGAUCCUAUUUCAGCAACUCGUGUUUUAUGUGGUGCCUUGUUGCUCCCUACAAUGGCUACAGCCUUUGGACGUGUGUUUUUUAAUCACAUCCCUCACAAUCCUCAAAGAACUCUACUUGGUGGAAUUGCUUUUGUAGCUGUUAAAGGAAUUCUAAAGAUGUAUUUGAGGCAACAGCAAUAUCUCAGACAGUGCCAAAGAAAAAUUCUCAACUAUGACAAAGAUGCUGUAUUUCCACAUUCACCAACAAAUUCUCAGUCAUCUCAAACUGAAUCGACGCAAAGUACUUCUAGUGGAGAGUUUUAGAGUGUAAAUGCAUUUAAUGUUUUUUAUAAUUGUAAACAAUUGAUCUAUUUUUGCUAUUUUACUCUUUUUGUUUGAUUUUUCCACCCUUUCUCUCAAACAUUUUAUUUUUAUUAUUAAUUUAACUGAACAGUUGUGUAUGACCUGAUAUGUAUUGUUCCCCCCUUAAGCAUGCCUGCAAUGCUGAUAUAGUUUGUAUUACUGUUGAAAGGAUGCAAGUUUUCUUCCUUUCAUUCAGUUAAGUUCAAAGUUUUUUUUUUUUUUUUUUUUGAAAAAGCAGUUUUUUUAUUUUCUUAUGGAGAAACUUAAGUGAUUUAAUCAUUGAUAUUGAGCUCUUUGAUUAGAUAGUAAAAAGUUAAAUUGAUUUUCUUGAAAAAAUGUUAAAUUGUUAAUAUUUUUUUUUUUUUUUAAAUUCAAGGUUAAGAAAAAUAUUUUUUUUUUUGUCCUGGGUGGAUUAAAAAGUAAUUGAUAAAAAUAUUGUCUUUAUCUUGAGAAAAUUCAGACAAAGUAGAAUUCAAACCCUUAUUGGAAAUAAAAAAGGGACAGGCUCUCUAAUAUUUUGUUAAAACCUAGUUUUGCAUAUGAGAAGCAAAUUAAUGUAAGUGAACUCUCAAGUUUUAGUAAAAUGUAUGUUUUCUUUAAACCCUAGAUUGGCAUUCAUUGAAAAGGUGUUCUAAAUCAUGCUGCAUAAUAUAUAUAUAUAGCAGCAUCUCUUGGGCUACUAAUACCAUCCCUUGCCCCAAAACAGAUGAUUUUCUUCUACCAUUUUUGUUCUAUUUAUCUCCACAUUUUAAAUUUUGAUGCUUACACUCAGUUUCUUCUCGGUGCGUCAUAUAUGAUCCAAAUAUAUUGACUAAAAUUUCCAUUAAUGUCAUUAUAAUCAGUGUAUUAUGUACUGUCAACAAAUCUCUUGCUUAAUAUUUUUAUAAAAAUUGACUGAAAUUGU